AGACCACCGGACUCAAUUCCAUCGUGGUCAAGUGCAGCAGAGCCGACAAUGCUGCGGGCCUGUCUUGUCUCGGCGCUGCUCCUGCUACUGGACGCCCACGCCGCCGCCGCUGCCUGCGUGCUCAACCCGGAGGGCGUGUACGGCGACGUGGCGGGCCUGGGAGGCUGCUCAGCCUGCGACGCCACCAACUCCACCUGCCUAGAGUGCGCAGAGUUCUUCACCCUCACCUCCAGCGGCGACUGCAAGCUCAACAAGUGUGUGGAGGCGCCUGACGGCAUCGAGGGCGACGUGACCACCCUGGGGGGCUGCAAGACCUGCGCCGCAGACAACGAAACGUGCCUCGAGUGUUGGGACUUCUUCGGGCUGACCUCAGACGGCACAUGCGUCAUGUGCGACCCCGACCGCUACACUGACGACUUUGUGUGCGCCAACUGCACCGGCGAUGACCCCAACUUUUGCACCGACUGCUCGGGCAACAUCGAGGGCGACAAUGCGUAUGGAUACUUUGCCAGCGAGGACGGGCGCUGCACCGUGUGCCCCGCAGAGGACUGCAUGGCCUGCCAAAACCUCAACGGCACCUGCACGCAGUGCAAGCAGGGCAUGGGCCUCAUGCCAGACGGCAGCUGCCGGGCGUGCAGCGACGGCAGCGACUGCAUCUUCUGUGACGGCGAUGUGGACACCUGCACAGAGUGCUACAGCGGAUACUUUCCAGAACCCAAGACGGGCAAGUGCAAAAAGUGCCCCCAAGACUGCGAGCGCUGUUCAUCGGCAGACACGUGCGAAGUGUGCUCGGGGUGGGGCCACACGCUCGACACAAAGACGGGGCAGUGCGUCAAGGUGAAGCUCAGCUUGCAGCGCUGGUACUGGCAUAGCGAGCGCGAGGGGCCGCUGCGCGAACAGCCGUUGAACGGGCUGGGCAUUUCGGCGGGGCUGUGCACGGAGGGCUGCACCAACUGCCCCACCUCGCCAGACCUGUGCCAGACCUGCGACAGCGGUUACACCAACACCAGCGACGGCGGCUGCGCGCGCUGCUCCGACCCACACUGCUCGAUGUGUGAGGCGGGGGUGGAUGCCUGCACCGUGUGCGACGACCCAGACUCCAAGUAUGGGGUGGACCUGGUCACCGGAAAGUGUGUGGAGUGCCGGUUGGAGCACUGCGCCAACUGCCAGGACGAUGCCAGCGUCUGCCGGUGGUGCAACGACGGCUACUGGAACGACCAGGCCGCCGGGCUGUGCACGGUGUGCAAGGGCAGCUGCGCGCGCUGCUCAACCAACAUGGAGGGGGAGGAGGAGUGCGACUGGUGCCUGGAGGGGUUUGAGUUUGAUGACGAGGACAGCGCAGGCAGGAAGUGCAUCCCAGUGGCGUCCUGAGGCCUCGGUGGCGCCUCCCUGAGGCAGCCAGAUUGGUAUGAAACAGUUUUGACCACCUGUACUCAUGUCUCAUUUUUUUCGCUCGAUUAACGCAAUGCACUAAUCACGCAAUUCAUCUGCUGCCGGCUGGACAGGUGAUCUUGUUUUGCCUGACUGGACUCUCCAACUUGGUUUGUUCCUCGAACUUGGCUGGCCCGGCAAUCAGAACACACCAC